GAUCCGAAGAAAGUCGAGAAACGAAGAGAUGUUGGGCUCACAAGCGAGGGUCCUGCGCUGCCUCCUGGCUCUCCUGUUGCUAAGAGAAGCUGCAGGCGCCACUUUCUUUCACAACUAUGGAACUGAACACGUGACUCAAAUCUGCAACGAAUCCUUUAGGGGAGACAAUGCUUCUUGGUGGAUUGGGAAGAAUGGAACCUCUCUGCAAGUAUUUGAAUCAAGGGUGCUGCGAUAAAAAUAAAAUUAAGUCUUGGAAAUGUCAGCCUGGAAAGUGCCCCAACAACGUUUCCCUGAGCAAUUUCCCCAGAGGUGGAAUGUUUGCAUGCAAAACCUCGAUCCAGGGAAGCGAAACCCCUUUAUUUUCUUCAAAAGAUCACUGCGCAAACUUCAAUUUCUUUUUUGUAGCCAUAAUAAAGAGCCAAGCAGGGCAGAGGCCCGAAAACAUUUCUACAGAAGCCGAGGAAGAGGUCUCCGUUGAGGAAAACCAAGACUUGAUCCUUUCGUGUGCAUUUGAACUGGGAAAGGACGCAAGCGUUUUCACCGUGUAUUGGUUUAAAGGACUCAAUCUGAGCAAGUGCCUCUAUUCGGCUUCGAACGAAUAUGGCCACACGCUCUUUGACAUUUCCUACAACAUCAACUGCUGCAUCGACGAGGCGUUAAGAGACCGAGGGAUCAAGAACGUCACAACUUCAGAGGAGGGACAUCGAAAGCAGACACACCACCAGAUGCGAAACCAGGUUACAAUCCCCAACAGCACCACGGCAGACAAUGGAAGCUACUUCUGUGUGGUGGCCGCUUAUAAUCCAGGAUUCACGUGGACAAUAGAACGGAGGGUAUCUGUGACUGUGACUGUGAGGAAAGCACCGCCACCCAACUUCUAUCUCCAGAUCUCCCUAGGAGCCAUUGGGGGAGCCCUGCUUCUGAUGGCCGGCCUCAUUUUGCUCCUGUGCUGCCUGAGAAAAGCAAAAGGAAAGCCACUGGAAAAUCAACAAAGGGACCAGACUGCAGUGGCUACAGAAGAUUGUUCCCCAUAUGCUGUUUCUGGUCGCAGUGACCUUAGUGGACAAGAAACGGUUUAUUCUCUAGCCAUGAGUCCCGGGGAAGCCCCAUCUUCGCGGUGUUUCUCAUCACAGAGCAAGCCAGAUCCUGCGGUGCAACAUGGAGAAAAUGUGGAAGUUCUCUAUUCUAAAGUUGCUAAGGACAGAGACGGUCCCUCCUUGGCCUCUGAUUCCAGCGUAUGAAGUGCCUGGUUUUGCUUCCUGAAACUUUCCUUUUAUUGAGCAGGGGAUACGGACAGUUCUCCGAAACAGGAAGUGAAGGCAAGUCGAAUUGUUUGGAGGGCUGCAGAUUUUAGGUCAAUGUUCUGGAGUUGAGCGGGUGGAGAGCAUCUUCAAAGAACGUCCGACAGAAAACUUUUGAAUUAGCUGGUUCCAGAGCAUCUGCCCAGCUCUUUUUAUCUCCCUUCAAUUUCCACGUGAGCUGCCACGUUUUUGUUUUAUUUUGAGUUUUGCACCCCUGGCAUUGCUAAAAAUCCCACCUGCUGCUUAUCUAUGGAGAUUCUCCAUUAUCCAUGUCAUGUUUUGCUCCAAAGGUGCUUUUUCCAAAGGGC